AUGUUAUUAAAAACUAAAGGUGAUGUUGAUGAUAACAAUUUAGAUCGAAUGAAUGAUGAUGAAACUACAAAUCUAGUGGUUCCACAAUUUCCAGAGUUCAAGCAUCCUGGAUAAGGGAAACAAGUUCUAAUGAGACCUGCAAGUAAAUAAUUCUUGAACUCGCCAUCAAAGUUGGAAGACUCAUUAUCAGGAAGCACAAAGAUCACCUAGGUGAAUAGUGCCGGACAUGCCUAUGAUUACAUCGUUAAUCGCUUUCUCCAGACCAUCAAAAAACAUCUAACUUCACCUCAAAGAUCUGAAGUGGAGGGACAAAUUAUUCGAACCUUGAUUUCACAGCAAACCAAAUUAUAAUACAUGCUUCAUAUUGAUUGGGCUAAAUAUUAUACUAGUUAUUUGUAACACAUAAAUACAAAGGUACCAGGACCUAUAAAUAACUAACCUUUCUUUGCUGACUAAUGUUCUACAGAAGCAAUUUACAAGCCAAAUUUAAAAUAAGACGUGGAUUUUGUCUUGCUUAAUCGAAAUACUUGGGUGUUCAUUCAUUGUUUAUAUGGUGGAGGACCUGAAGUCUCAGUUUAAGAUUAUAGCAAAGGAGAGGGAUUUGAGAAUUCAACUCAUAAACCUACUUUAUCGAGAGUGAGUUCACUGUAGUCAGGAUUGGUAGAUACUGUUUCAUAUAUGAGUAUCACUCUGCCUUUCCAAAAAUCUCAAUUUGAAUUGCCUCCUAUUGGAUUUUAUAACGAAUCUAAUUACUGCUUUAUGCAUGCAGCUAUAUAAACUCUGUUGUCAGUUGAAUAAAUAAAUUGUUGGAUGAUGAAUGAAGGGAAGAAUAUAGCCAAUCAAUAAUCAGACAAGUACCGAUGGUUAAAUGCUUAUUUAGAAAUAAUCACAAUUGCAGUUAACAAAAAGGCAGGAGCCUUUAUUAAAAUUUAGUUAUUAAAGUAAUUGAUAAAAAGUAAAUUUGACCCCCGUCAAUAACAUGAUUCCCAAGAAUUCUUAAGAUACUUCAUAGAGUAGUUGACUGUAGAAAUCUAAGGGUAAUUCAAGUAUGAUUAGCCAAUCACAGAGAUUGUCUUUCAGGGAUAGAUGAUGUCCCUGAUCAAAUGCGAUUAAUGCAACCAAUAAUCCACUAAAUUUGAAUCAUUUUUGGAUUUAUCUUUGCCAAUGAAUAAGUUGCAAACCUUAGAAAAGUGUUUAAAGUUAUUUUUUGCUUAAGAGAUCCUUAGUGAUCACUAUUAAUGUGAAAACUGCUAUAAUGAAACCAGGGCAGUUAAAAAAUAUGUAAUUGGUACACCUCCUCUGUAUUUGAUGAUACAUUUAAAGAGAUUUCAGGUAUAUCCCAAUAGGAUUAAGUUGAAUGGACAUGUGAGAUUCCCAAUCAGUCUUGAUGUUUAAGAAUUUUGUUCCAUAAAAGCCAAAUAUAAAUUAAGAUCGAUCAUUGUUCAUUAAGGAACACCUGAAAGAGGCCAUUAUGUUACAUUUUCAUCGAGACAAGAUCAGUGGUAUUAUUUUGAUGAUCACAAAAUAUAUUUGGUUACAGAACAAGAUGUUUUGUAGCAAUAGGCAUAUGUAUUGAUAUAUGAAAAAGUUGAAGAAUAUCUUAUUGACAUGUAAUGA